UCUCCCUAUCUUCAGAAUCUUAGAUCCGCCAUUCAAGGUGUGUGCUUAGGGUAGGCCCCCUCGUCCUCCCCAAGCUGCUACUUGUGAUGUGCGUGAAGCGCCUCAGCCAUUCUUCGGUAUUUUGAUUCCCUGGAGCCAGCGAAUUCCUAAAAAAAAACUCGGGUGGACUCUGGCCACUACCGAACCAGCAAAUCCUUCAACUGGCGAAAUCCUGUCGUAACCGGGUAACCAUGAAGGUCCUACUUUUCCUCGCCGUCCUCGCAGUCCUCUCCAUCGCGACACUCGCGGCGGACAAUCCAAUCUCGUCAGAACCACGUGGCGAGCACGACCUUGAUUCUCUACCCAGGCGCGGCGGGCCGGACGAUAACUAUGUGCGGCCGCCGCAUCAGUUCACGGACCGGCCGGUGGUGGGCGUACUGACGCUGCCGAUCACCGUGCCGUCGCAGCGCAAGAUCGGCGUCUCGUCCUUCGCGACCUCGUAUCAGCGAUGGAUCGAGGCGGGCGGCGCGCGCGUGGUGCCGAUCUUUUAUGAUUCGAGCAAGGAAGAGCUCGACUUUAUCCUCAACAGAAUCAACGGCGUGUUUUGGACGGGCGGGCUGGUGGACUUCAAUCCGACGGAAGAGGAUCCCGAGGGGAGCAAGUACCUGGCGACGACGGAGUACGUGUGGCGCCACGUGGUCAAGGAGAACAGCAACGGCAACUACUACCCUCUCUGGGGCACGUGCCUCGGCUUCGAGCGCAUGUUCCAGCUGUUCGCGAACGACGUGAACGGCACGUGGAUUCGCGAGGUCGACGCGGAGAACUUCGCCAUCAACCUGGGGUUCACCGCGGACGGCUGGCUCUCGCGCCUCUUCGGCGGGAUGAGCUACGAGCUCUUCAAGCAGGUCGCCUCGCCCCUCGGCGACCUCGCGUUUAACAACCACGGGCUGGGGGUUCACCCGGACGACUUCCGCGCGUCGCCCGCGCACGAGGUGUUUCGCAUUCUGUCGAUUGACGCAGACCGGAACGGCACGCAGUUCGUGUCGACGGUGGAGGGGAGGCACUUCCCGUUCUACGGUUCGCAGUGGCAUCCUGAGAAGGCGCCUUGGGAGUGGAACCCGAAACACGAGAUCGCCCAUAACGAGUGGGCCGGAACAUUCUCCAACUACCUCGGCCGUUACUUUGUAACGGAGUGCAAGUACAACAAGAACCAGUUUGAAAGCGAGUACACUCUCUCCAAGUACCUUGUCGAGAACUGGCCCGCCCGGCCCACGGGUAAAUUCCACAAAAUAUUCAGCGCGUACUCGCAAAUCACCUUCUUCCCGUCGCACAAGCCCGUGUGGGUGCAGAGAGUGGAGGCUCUGGAGGCCGAGGGAAUUGCGGUGAGCGAGGAGCAAGCGGCUGAGAUCAUGUUAACUGAUUUGUGAUUGUGGUGGCUGGCGGGAUGAUGCUCCAAGUUGAUGGCUGUGGAGGCCGAGGGAAUCACAGUGAGCGAGGAGCAUACCGCUGAGGUCAUGAUGACGAUGGCUGACUUGUGAUGGGAUUGGGAUGGCCUAAACUGGCAGCAUUUUGAUGCUCUGUAGGUGGAGGCUAUAGAAUCCGAGGUUGCUGUGAGCAAGGAUCAACCGCAGAGAUGAUGCUGGUGAUGCUGAUAGCGAUCUGUAAUGUGCCGGUGCUGAUACUGGUGCCGGUGCUGGUGGGUGGAUGGUCAGUCAUGGUCUCGAGCCUUAGGGAGUCCUGUUGCAAAGAGCAGACGGGGGAGGCAUGAAAGUGCCCAGGGUCUGAUAUCCACCUCCGUUUAGUCUAGAUCCUUGACAAGGUCAGGCGUUCUGUGCAUGGUUUUGUGUGCCUGUUUCUGAGGCGCUUGAAAACUAGGCAUGAAAGUGCCCAGGAUCCAAUCUCCACCUCCGGUUUAGUCUAGAUGCUAAGGGCAGGCCAUUUCUCCCGCUGCUCGCUUCUUUACUGUAUCAUAUAUUUAUUGC